AUGGAAAGUAACAUAGAGGAACGAAAUGAACAUGGAGGUCAAAAAAAGAUGCUUAGAAGUGAAAGAUCCUGGAAGUCAAAAUCUAUCAUUAAAUGCAUGCAAGAUUUAGAUAAAAAUUUGACAGCGUUGGCUUUGAAACACCAACCAUUAGAUUUACCUGAUUUUUAUGGCAAUAUUAAUGAAUGUCCUCUAUGGCAUGCUGAAUUCAAUCGCUCCACUAAAGAUAGGCAUUAUUCUGAAAAUGAUAAUUUAAUUAGCUUACAGAAAUGUCUCAAAGGUAAAGCAAGAAAGGUAGUGAGAGACUUAUUUUGCAGUCCAAGUAAUGUAACAGCCAUAAAUGGAACGUUAAAAAUGAAUUUUGGAAGAGAAGACUGGAUCAUUAUGAAUCAGAUGGAUAAAGUAAGAAAAUGUCCUAGUCCUAGAGAAGACUCAAUUGAAAGUUUUUUGCAUUUUUCGUCAUGUGUAUCGAAUAUGAUUGUUUUGAUGAAAAAUAAUGGAUGUUCCAGAUAUCCAGAAUAUUUUAUCAAUUGA